CUGUCUCAGUCUUGUCCUACCUCUGUUAUGACUCAGUUUUUCUACGGAUAGUAGUUUUAUUUUUUUUCCAUAAUUUAACACGGAUAGAUGUAUCGUUCUUUUCUUCUCACCAUUUCCUCGUACCAGUAUUAAGUUCCAUUCUAUUAAAAAAUACAAAUUUAUUAUUAAAAAUGGUAUGAUGUGUUGUGCCUUGUCGUUAUGAUAAAAUUGAAACACUAUAUUUUUAUACGCAUUGUUAGUUUACUCUGAGUACUAAUAAUAAUCGUUAUGGUUUUCUGAUACCAUGUCCCAAAGUUUUACGUGUACUAAAAUGUGUGAUAAUGUUUGUGUUUGGUGCUUAUAUAUUGUGUGUUUAUUAAUUUUAUCGGCUGUUACAAAGAACGGUGUCGAAUCUCACGAGCUGAAACGACCUGCGAGAGAAUUUAGUCGACAUAGGAUUGUGCAGCCAACAGUUCAGCAUGGAAGAACAAAAAGAGAGAUCUCAACUACUAGGGACACGAAUGGUGUACACCAUACAGACGUGACGGUGACCGUUCAUAUAGAUGGUGAAGAUUAUGUACUCGACUUAAGACUGAACCAGGAUCUGGUGACCGAAGACCACGUCAUCCGGUAUCAGACUGGUGGAAAGACUGUUACACAUAAGCCUAAGAAAGAAGAUCUCGACCUGUGUCAGUAUUCUGGCACGGUUCGCGGCAAACCUGGCUCUUGGGUGGCAGUGUCCACCUGCCGCGGCCUCAGGGGUAUUAUCUACGAUGGGCAAACUAUGAAAUACAUCGAACCAGCACAAGGUCACGACAUCCAAUCCAGUCAUUACAUUUACGACCAUGGUGAUCUGAACACAGUCAACAAAUGUGGUUUUGGAGGUGUCACAAACAACACCCACUACGAUCCGUUGCUGUUACAGAAGUACCAUGCGAAAAAGGAGAUGCAAAAGAGUAGGAUAACACGAUAUAAAAGGGACGCGACCGAUGACACUCUUGUCCGAGGUCCUUACAAUCAGAACAAGAUGUCCCGAUACGUGGAACUGGUGCUCGUCUCCGACUACCGCGAGUACCUGGCCAACGGCGAGAGUAUUGAGACUGUGCAUCAUCAGCUCAAGGACGUUGCCAAUAUUAUAAAUGCGGUUUACUCACCGUUGAACAUUUUCAUAGCUCUGGUCGGUGUGGUGGUGUGGAGCGAAAGGGAUGAAAUAGAACUAGUCGAGAAUGGGGACACGACGCUCAACAACUUCCUUUACUAUAGAAGACAUGUACUCUUACGGGAUAUACCGAAUGACAAUGCGCACUUGAUCACUCGUCAACAAUUCGUCGAAGGAGUGGUUGGAAAAGCGUUAAAAGGGCCGAUAUGUACCUAUGAAUUCUCUGGUGGGGUUGCCAACAACCACUCCGAGGUUAUCGGCUUGGUGGCGACCACUAUAGCACACGAGAUGGGUCACAACUUCGGAAUGGACCACGACGAUGUAGACUGCGAGUGUCCCAAGGAAAAGUGCAUCAUGAGCCCAUCUAGUACAUCAGUGAUGCCAACACACUGGUCGAACUGCAGCUUGAGCUCAUUGGCGUUAGCGUUUGAAAGAGGGAUGGAUUAUUGUCUGAGGAACAAGCCACGACGACUUUUCGAUUCGCCGACAUGCGGCAAUGGGUUCGUAGAGGCGGGUGAGCAAUGCGACUGUGGACUACGACUGCCGGGCAUGGCGCCAAAUGCAUGCGAGGCGUGUUGCCACGCGGACACUUGUAUGCUACGCGCCAACGCAACCUGCGCGGCCGGCACUUGCUGUGACCUACAGACGUGCCGGCCGGCGCGUGCUGGCCGCGAGUGCCGCGCGGCGGCGCGUGAGUGCGACCUGCCCGAGUACUGCAGCGGCUACUCCGAGCACUGCCCGCCCGACGUGCACAAGAUGGACUCCACGCCCUGUUCCGCCGGGGAGGCAUACUGCGUACGGGGUUCGUGUCGCACACACAACGACCAGUGCCGAUUAUUAUGGGGCGCUACUGGAGAAAACUCUCAUCCCAAGUGCUACAUCACCAACAACGUCAAGGGAAACAAGACUGGCAAUUGCGGCUACGAUCGUCGCAGCAUGACGUUCGCUCGGUGCGCGCUCGCCGACACCGCUUGUGGUCUCCUGCAUUGUCGACACCUCAACGAGCGGCUCGAGUUUGGCAUGGAGUCUGUCUCGCAGCUCGCCGCCGUCUUUAUCAAUAACAAUGGCACUAUCAUACCAUGUCGCACUGCUAUAAUCGAUCUGGGACUAAGUGAUGUCGAUCCCGGCAUGGUUCCAGACGGCGCCAAGUGUGGUCACAACAAGAUGUGUUUGAAGCAAAAGUGUGUGGAUAUUGAAUGGGUGAGAGAGAUGAUAGCACAUAAAGAAUCAUCUGUUUGUCCAUCCAACUGUUCCGGUCAUGGUGUUUGUAAUUCUGAAGGUCAUUGUCACUGCGACGCCGGAUUCGCUCCGCCGCUAUGUUCGCUGCCCGGCCCGGGAGGUUCUUUCGACUCAGGACCGGCUACCGAUCCCAGUGUACAAAGGAACUUCAUGGUGGCCAUGUACAUCAUAUUCUUGGGGAUCAUACCGUCGAUCCUCAUCAUCCUGUUUCUCAUCUACUACUCGCGGCACAACGUGCUGCUCUGGUGGAAGAAACCAAGGAAAUCGAUGCAAUCUCCGAAAAAAUCGAGUUUACAACAACGCAUUUCAAGGAGUGCGAGCAAAUUUGCGGCGAAUUUCCAAAGCGGCGCUCCAAGUAACGCUCAACCGGUCGUACAUACUCUAUCCAAUCCUGAUGAUAUGAGCUCGAGUCUCCUACGAAACGACUCGGACAGAAGUCCGUCCGGUAACCUUAACCCUACUGCUUUUUUCGGCAAUUUCAAGGGCUUCUCCCUUACACCUAUAGAGAAGAAUCAAACGAACGCGAAAGAAGGUCCCGAGAUCGCUGUAAUCGAUAAAAACUCAAAGACCUCAGACCCGAAUAAAAGCGCCAAAAUCACCCCAGUCCACCGUAGUAGCAGUAAUAGUCAAAACAUAGUUAAUCAGGGCGUGCUGAAGCCGGUAUUGCGUACUGCACCGCCAUUGCCUGUAGUGCCUGCAACAGCCAAAACUAGUCCCAAAACGAGCCCAUCAGUAAAAAGAACUAAUAGUUCUGUUCAAAAUAGGAUAAAAGCUUUAAUGGGUGAAAAAGAAGAACAGCCAAUUAUCAAUCCACCACCCAGACCAGUUAUAUCCAGUCCUAUUCUAGAAGCUUCUACUUGUACCGCAAAAGAACUCAUAUCGCCUCUCCAAGGAUCAAAGACUCUGGGACCAAUGAGAGCCGCUCCCACAGUUCCUGUUAUAUCCCCCAAUUUGCCCAAAAGACCUUUGAGUAUGCAUUCAGCGGGAACUGUGCCUCAGAAACCGUUACCAGAAGAACCUAAAAAAGUUAAAGAGGGUAUAUCUCUGAAUCGAAUCGCAUCAUUCUUAAAACAAGACAAAUCAAAAGAAAAAGAGCGUAAUACAGUUGAGAGAAGCAAUUCCUUGCCGAAAAAUCCUAAUCAUCAAGUGAAGUUUCCUAAAGCAGUAGAUAAGAAUGCGUUAAGGAAUCUUCAGAUAUCAAAUCCCAUAUUGCAAAAAGAUAUAGAACUACCUGUUAGUACGGUGCCAGUCGUGUCGGAUUCAGAAGACGGAGACGAUGCCAAACCGUUCGUAAACAGAGCUCAAAGCAUGCGAGCUCCAGCAACGCAGAAACCUAUUAUCCAGAGUUUCGGCUCUAUGCGGCAACCGGCUGGUGCUCCUCGCCCGGUGUCUAUGGUCGGAAGGCCAACGGCACCCCCUCCUCCCUUACCCAGCGAAUCUCUUCAAACAUACCAAAACUCCAAAUCACAGAACGAUAUUAAAAGCACCGACUAUGUAGACUGUAUUGAAGAAAAACAAGCUCCAUUGGCGCAUAUAGACGAGGAAUCUAGUGACAAUAUUUAUGCCAUCAUUGAGGAGAGUCCUGUAAAACACAUGCCGCCUUUAGGCGGCUCUGUACUAGCGAAAACUGAUUCCCAAUCACCCCCUGAAGGACAUACGACGCCUAAAAGUGUUCCUUCCAACUCGGGAAGUGCUGAAAGCAUGGGGUUACUAGGUGAAAUUGUAAACGAAAUACAAAAUCGAAACUUCGAUUCUAUUUAUUCAGCGUCUACACUUUCGAGGAAGAAAGGAAAGAAGGAAGAGAAUGCUGAAAAUAGCCGAGAUAGUACAUAUAUGAAUACAAAUCACUAUAAAACACCGGAGAGUGUAUACAGUAAUUCUGGCGCGAAAUCGAAUGCUUCUACGACGAGUAGCGGAUACUUACAUCCGUCCGCUGUAAAUGUACCGACUUUUCAAAAAGACGACGACACGAAAGAUAACGAUAAACCUCCCUCAUCUCCAACAUUAAAGACUAACUCGAAGAUUCCUACGUUUAUAAGACAAGUGACACCACCGGGCCUCAAAAAUACCAGUACUUUUAGAAACGUACCGCAGUCACCAAAAAUUGCGAACAAAAAUAUUAAUGUGACGCAGAAAAACAUUUCCAAUAGUCCGGAUUUAGUAUCGAGCUGUUCGGUGGCUGAUACGAAAAAUGUAAAAGCACCCGAUGUUAUCAAUAAUAAUAAAGUCUCGACUGAGCACCCUAAAGUAGCUACGAAGCCCACGGUGACCGCUAAACCUAAUGAUAACAGACCUCCACUACGGCCGGCACCGACGAUCGAGAAAAAAACAUCUCUUAGAACUGCACCCACUGUGAAACCUACAACAAAUCUCAGCAGAGUUCAAACCGAAAAAAAUGCGCCCCUAAAUCGUGCCAACUCAAAAGUGGACUCUAACGUUAAAGCGAUAGCCGAUAAUUUAAAUAAAAACAAGCCUAAAGUUGUGCCUAAGCCGACUGCAGUUAGUGUACAACGGACAGACUCUAACAUCAAACCAAAUGCGACAAAGUUGGUAUCUAAACCGUCUAAUGUCGCCAGUUUGCAACAAAAAUUCGAAAAUAGAAAGUCGUUUGGUAAAGAGAUUACCACUGCGAAAAAAUAGGCUUUAAUUUAGAUUAUUUCGGACUUAAUUGUUUAAUAAAUAUACACGAUUGAAAAUAUGUAUAUUACAUAUGACUUGAAGAAAUCCAAGUAUCGCUUGGAUAGGUUUAGGUAAGGAUUCGCAGCGUUUUGCUGUUGUAAUAAAGACGAAUAUCGUGUUAUGUGUACUGCACAAGUAAAAUCAGCUUUAAAUCUAUGGACAUUAUGUAUUUUAUGUGGGUAUUAAAAUACUGUAAUGAUAGUAAAUCAUUUAUAAAUGAAAUCGCAACCAAUGGGUGUUAUUUUCGGUAAUCAGCGGGCAAAUUGUGUUUUUGGGGUGCAAGUGGCCAACAUUCUGGGGCCAAAGCCAACCUCACCUGCCUGUGGUGCACCCUGCUAAUGAACAGACGAGGCUCUGGCGAACUGUUAUCCAAGCUAUUACCGAGUAUAACGUCAUAUACUUUUUAGUUAAAAAUGAGAGGUAUAUUUCAAACAUGCACCAGAAAAUGGGUAAUAAACAAUAACGUCACGACACACGGUCUCUCUGUCUAUAGCAAUGAUAAAUGUAUCUGCGAUAGACCUUUAUAUGAUAUAAUUAUUAGAUAGAUUUGUAGGCAUUGGGGGCAUUACAAUGAAAGAUUGAACUGUCAUUAGUUACAAAGGUAUAAAUUAACUGUUGUAUUAUAAUAGUCCGUUAUCGUUUCACAUGUGCAUAUAUUUUAAAGCUGAUUCUAUUUUAUAGCAGUCACUUACACAAAAGACAAUUGGAGGUAGGAAUCUUUGAUAUUAAUUUUAAAAUGAUUAGGAGUGAGAUAGAACUUUCCUUUUCAAUAGAAUGUAUUGAUUAAAUUUAAAAAAAAUCCAUUUGUCAGUCUGUGCAAUAUUUACUAAAAAUUAUUGAACCGAUUUAAAAAAAAAAACCUUGAAGGUAUUAUACGAGUAAUUUUUUGCUUAGACAUAAAAACGUGCACAGCGGCUAAUAUAAUAUGAUAUAAAUCGUUUGACAGUGACAAAUAGUUUGUGAUUUUGGCGUUAGAAAUUAAUUGAAAUUAAAUAUUGAAUAAUAUCUAGUCUAUUUUAUAUAUAAACAUUGACUUUCUAGCUUGAUGAUUGGACUUUAAUGGGUAGUUCAAUUUCAUAACAUGAAUAUAGUCAAGUGUUUACAUUAGGAUGUGACAUUGGUGUAUAUCGUGAUUGGUGUAUAUUUUUUUGAAAGCUCGGUGUACACUUAGUACCUACAUAAAGAGAGUACAUAAAAUGUGAUUUGAAAAAUACAAUUUAUUAAUAGAGUGUGGAAAGAUACUAUACCCACACUGAUGUAAUUAUAUUAGUUAGUCAUACAUAUAAAGACUAAAUAAAUGUGAACUAAACUUGUCAUUAAGAAUUACGCUAUAAGAUUCAAUGUCGAGUGACGUAUAGUUUUGCUACAUUCGUUUGUGAUACAAAACAAUAGAUAUUACAUCUUAUAUGUAAUCAAAUUUAGAAUAAAUUUAUUAAUCAUUUUUUUAUAGGGUAAUUAAUGUUCCACAUGUUAGAGAAGAAUAUAUACUAAUGGUGCUUCCUAAUGUUAACACAUUCUGUUUGUAGUGCAUUAUAUUUAUUGCCAAGGCUACUUAAAUUUAUUUACAGCGUAUGCUUUUCUCCAAAUAUUUGGAAGCAAUAAAUAAAUAGUUCUGUAUUUAAAAUGAAAUCAUUUUAAAUAUCUGGUAUCUUUUAAGUGUAAAUUAUAAUUUAUAAAUCUAGAAAUGCAAAAAGUAGUAUCAUAAAAGUUAUUUUAAUAAGCAUAAGUACUUUCCUUUAAAAUUUGCAAAGUGUUCAUAAUUUUCUACGAAUAUGAUUAUAACUCGAUUUUGCUAAUUUAAAACUUUACAUAUGACAUUUUAAAUCGGUAAAAUCGAUGAGUUGUAAUAAGUGAUCUCUGUAAAUACUCGAAUAGGCAGCAUUUUCAUGUUUGAGAAAAGUUUCUUUUAAAACCAAUGAGAGUUAUUCCUUUAUUAUUAAAAUACUAUUGUAAGUAGGUGUUAUAUUUUUUGUCGUAAAUUAUUUUGAGAUAAAAAACUUUUCUCGCGCAUGAAAUUUCGACUUUAUUUGUAUUUGUUUAGAGUUUAAUCGAUCAACAGUGUCUUAUAAUUCAUACAGAUUUUUAUUUUUAUAAAAAAAAUAGUUGUGUCAAUAUCCAUAUACAAGUAAUUACGGCUUGUGUUCAAAUAAAUGCGUGAUAUUUGAAACAUAAUGUAUAUGUAAGUGCAAAUCGUAAGGCUCCGUCUAAUUUAUUUUGCUGUAAAAGUACAAUAGUUUGAAUUGCUUUUGAUUGAAAAUUAUAUAUGGCAGCUAAGUAAGUAAUGGUAUGAGGUUUAUCGAUGCUCCAGCAAUAAUCUGAUAGUACAGAUAAUCUGAUAGUACCGAUACUAUCAUAUAUGUUUAAUAUAGAUAUAAUAGACAGAUAUGUUUAGGAUAAUAAAUAAUAAUUAUUGAUAAUGUUGCCAGUAUCAACAAUCCGAUGGUACUUCAAAUUACUAUAAACAUAUAUUAUGGAUUAUCAGCGUUAACCAUUAAUGGUUUGGGCAAUGAUGUUGAAUAGUGAUUAAAUCACACAAAUGGUUCUAGAUAUUACAUACAGCUAUUGUUGUAAUAAUAAGUUAUAAAAUAUUAUGACCAUUUAUGUACUGCUCGCGACUACCGUCAAUCCACAUACAUUCGGACCAAAAUAGAUGUUAUAUAUCUUUUUUAAAAGUACGUCUUAAGAUAAAUUUGAAGAAUAAAUUUCAGAAAUGUUAUUUCAAUAUCUCUAAUCUUUUAUGACUUCCACUAUUAGUAUCAAUGACUGUUAUCCUACCGUCAUGAUUAGGUAUUAUAUGGUAUUAUUUAAUUUCUAAAAUAAAUAAAGUAUAUAUGUGCAUUUAGAAAAUGAUAUUCCCUAAAGGGUCACUAUUCCAAAAAUGUCAUUAUGAGAUAAUAGAAGUGUUUAAAUGUAUUUUAUUUUUGUCCAUUCUAAAAUACCUACGUGAUCGAUGUAUGUGGAUAAACAAAAAACUAUUCGAGUCAUCUAAAUUAUUUUUUAAUUGAUGAUCACGUGUCAGAGAUUUCGCGCUGGCGUGAUUUGUUUGAUAUUAAUAUAAUUGUGGUCUAUAUUCUUUAUUUCAUAAGAAGAGUAAUUCUUGUCAUUAGACCGAUAAUCUAGUAUUGCAUUAAUCUACGUGCAGGCUCGAAUUUUUUUUUAACGUUAAUCUAUUUAUAUUUCAAUUACUGGUGCUAGAAUAAUUUGAUAAGCAAGCAGCAAGAAUUUUAGUCGCAUCAUAUUGCCAAAACACAAUAAACAUGUUAUACUAAUCGUCCAUAUUCACUGCCAGCUUGGUACAAACUGUAUGGUGCUGAAAUAUUACAGAAGAAAUAGUCUAUGAUAGCAAACACGUGAAAGAAUAUCCUUUAGAGAAAACAUCGAUUUAGGAAUGAUACAUUGUAAACUAGGCAACUAUGAUAGUCUGAUUUCAGUCCUACGAAGUUUCCACUCAAAAAAAUCACGCAUCGUUCGUAAUAGCUCUUUUUACAAAUUGAAAUAUAACAUGCUUCAACCUGUUAUUCUUAAAUUGAUGGAAGACACAAAUUAGUCGGAAAUAUAUUGACCUUUAUUUUAUACCAUGUUAAUUCGCUCUAUGUAUUUCUGUUAUUAUUGAAAUUACCCUCUCGCUUUAAAAAAUACAUUAUUUUAUUUUAUAAUGCUAAGAACAAGAACAAAUUUGCUGACGGCCCAAUUGAUUGCAAACAGUUAAUAUCUUAUAUUCGUACUUGUGUUAUCUGACGUGAUUGGAAGCACAAAUACAAAUUGAAGUACCUUAUGUUGUGGCUAAGGUGACAUUUUUGUCUAUUGUCACAGAAUAUUUAUUACGUUAGUAUUUCAUUUGGGCCGUUAUACAUACGGGAUAUCUGAAUAAAAGCGUAUAACUUAUAUAAACAGCAUAGCGAAAAUGGUUAUAAUAAAUUUUAAAUACAGUUUACUCGUAUUCCUACAAGUGAACAAUUUUCCUUCCUAGAAACAAGUAAAAGUUUCAUAGAAACCGCUCGGUUAUGAUCAAUUGAUAGAGUAGAAAAAGGUUAACAAAAUAUUUUUAUAUUUCAAUUAUGCUUCUUGGGGAGAGCUGUCCAAUGCCGUGAACUCUGCAUCAAGGUUCCGUAUACAAACGUUAAUAUUAUGUCCUUUUGAUUAUAAUUGUAAAUAUAACCAAAGAAAAUUAUUUUAAUAAUACGUUAAUUAUUUGGAAGCAAAAGGGAAACUUAAAGCCUAGAAAUAUAUUUAUCGAACUAGGUACUUUCUAUAUUGUCUAAUUAAAUACUAUCAUUAUUACAGACAUUGUAAAAGUCUGUGGUCAUUAUAAUAUUGAAGACUUGUACGCCUUUUAAUUAAAAAUGAAAUGUUCAGUAAUUACAUGAGUAUUUUUAUAAUACCAAAUCCCUACAUUUCUUACUAAAUUUCUCUAAAUAAGUCUUCUACUACACAUAGAUGUCUUCUAUUGUAUGCUACUGCUACACUACUUGUUUAUUAGAGGCAAAUAUCUUCUCUUUCGUUCUCCUCCAGAAAAUGUCAGAGUCCUAUUUUAACCUCAUGUAAAUAAUCAACAUCCCCAUAUAUAUAUAUAAUGGUUUUAAUUGCAAAGACUGCAUAUAGCGGCAUGAUAUUAAAUAAAUAAAUCUUUGACUUAUAGGUGAAAAUCUGACCGCUAAUCUGUAAUAUGUUUUCGUCUUUACCUCAUCAUGUCAUUUUAUAUACAUAUUGUUUAUUAUAAUGACAUGUUACAGAAUACAGACAAGAGAAAAUAAUCGAUGUAACAAAGUAAUAAGUGAAGCAUUCAAAAUAUGUCAACCCAAUUCGGCGUUUCUUUUACGGCCUACUUAAACCAAAGAUUUUAUAAAUGGUCUUUGACUCUACCUUUCGCAUUAUGGAGUAAUAUCUCUCUCAUCUAUAAUGAGACGUUAAUUUAGGAAAAAUACCUAAUUAUGUUCUAUGCAGUCGGGACCUACCGUUGGUGAUAGGGUGUAGUACCUUUGCUUGUCGUUUGGCCCGAGCGGCGCGCGGGUGCUUGAUAUAAUAAUAUUAGUUUGUUUAUCGAUCAGAAUUAGGGUGUAUAGCUUAAUUAUUAAUUUUUAUUGCAAGACUGUGAAUUAUUUACUAAAUUGUAUUAUGUUUAUUGCACUUAAGUUAGUUUUAAAAAAAUCACCUUUAAGAUUUUUUAGUAGGCAAUGAUUUGCGAUUUGUUUAUGCAAAAAGAGAAACCUAUUAAAUAAAAUGUGAUUCCAA